AUGAAACACUCUUUAUAUUUCGUAUCCUCUAAAUAGUAAUCCUUUUGGAAUAGAGACUUGAGUGCUUUAGUUAAUUACGAUUUUCAUAAAUUGUCUGAAGAUCAAAAGACUAUCGUAUUAUUUAAACAAGGGCAAAUACUCAAGAUAAUAACUCCUCGGAGAUAUAAAAUAUACAGACAACACUUAUUCUAUUUUCGAAAGGUAAGGAAUUUAUUUUAUAAGUCAUUUAAUAAAGAGUGGUGAAAUUGGAGGCUUUCUCCUUCUUAAAAAUGUAUAUUGUUCUUUUCGAAACAAAGACAAUACAAUUCUUAUUACUUUAUCACAUGAUUUUUCACAAAUUGUGCUUCAAUCUGGAAAUAAAACAGAAGAAGUAGAGAAUUUUAUUGUUGAAUUGAAACAGAAUUGUAUUUAAGAAUCCAUACCCAUAAAUUUAUAAAGUUUAAGAUAGAAGAUAGGAGAAGGAAUUACUUCUGAAGUAUUUUUAUUAAGAUUAAUCAUUCUAGGUAUUUGUGAUAAAUCAUCAAAAUGAUUAAAAAUUUGCAAUUAAAAAAGUGGUAAAGGCUCCUUUAGGUCAUAAAAUGAGAGAAAAACAAGCAAAGAGUUUGGCUGAAGAAAUAUUUAUAAUGCGUAGUCUUGACAAUCCAAACAUUCCAAAAUUACAUGAAGUAUAUGAAAAUGAUGGUAUCUUUUAUUAUUUAAUACUUAGAUUCUGUUGAAUUAAUAAUGACUUAUUACGAAGGUGGUCAUUUAUAUGAAAAGCUAUUAAAUUUUUCACUUUAAUAAAAAUAAUAAUUAGUAAGAGAUAUUCUAGAAACUAUGAAUUAUGUCCAUUCAUAACAAAUAAUGCAUCGAGAUUUAAAGCCUUAAAAUAUUAUGUAUAAGGAUAAGGAUCCUUUCAAUACAGAUAUUGCAAUCAUAGAUUUUGGAUUUUCAACUAACUAUAAAUAUUAGGAGCAUGUACUUUAUAAUUGUGGUACUCCUGGAUAUGCAGCACCUGAAGUUUAAGAAUAUAAAGAAAAAUAAAAGAUGUAUACUACUUAAUGCGAUGUUUACAGUUUAGGUAUCAUCGUUUACGAGAUGUAAUUUACAUACUAAUUUGUAGUUUCUAUGGAGUUCAUCCUUUUAAAUCAAGUAACACUGGUAGUCUUAGUUUCAAUGAUAAAAUUAAGUUGCCUUAAUCAUUAAAAAAUCUUAUUAUCUAAAUGACUCGAACUUAACCUAAAUAUAGAUUUACAUUAAAGGAAUGUUUAGAACAAGACUUUUUUCGAGAAAAUCUAGAUUCAAAUUGUUUAGAUGAUUUAUUAAAAUUCAGUUUGGUCGAUUCAAUCUAUUAAAAAUCUUCAAAUGUGUCAAGAAAGAACUCUAUUGAUCCUUUAAUCAAAUAAGAAAGAUAAAAUAAACAUGAAUCUGUUAAAAAUAAAACUAUUAAUUCAACCUAUGCUGAAUCUAAAAAUCUACUUGUGAAAAGUUUUGGGCCAAUAGAAUAAUAGCUUCAAGAUGAUUUAUAAUUUAGUGAGAAUCAUAAUUGUCCAAAUGACUUUAACAAUUUUCUUUAAAAAAGAAUAUGA